AUGGAAGCGAUUCAAACUUAUGUUUUCGGACUCCGAAUCUACUCUUCCGGGAUUUGGGUUGGUGCUCAAGGCAAGGAGGAACAAACGCGAACCCGUAGCCCCAAACUCUCUCCCCCUCCCCCCAUGAUGCCCAACGAAGUCGCCGUCCAAUGGCUUCGGGCGCCUGGAGAUGUCGUCACUUCCGCCGCGCUCGUGCCGUUCCCGGGUUUUGAGCUCCGGCUCCUGCUCCCGCCGCGCCUUCCUGGCUGAGCUAUGGCCGAGGCGGAGGCCGAGGAGAACGGCGAGGAGGGAGACGCCUUCCGAGAGCUCUCGACUCCAGCUCUGGGCCGGACCGCGGUCUGCGUCCCACCGGCAGGGAGUCCGGCGGCGGCCCCGGCCCCGGCCCCGUGGGAGGAGGUCGAGCCGCCGCAGCCCGCCUCGUUCUCUCCCGCGGCUCCCCUCGCGCCCGAAGACCUCCAGCGGGUUCUGGAGCAAGUGAGGAAAGCGCCGCCGCCGCCGCCCCCCCGGCCCCCAGCGACUGCGGGCCUCGGGCCGCCCGGGAGCCGCGGCUUCAGCGUCGUGCACGAUGCGGCCCGGCGUCUGCAGGACGCGGCCCAACAGGUGGCCCAGCACUGGGGUCCCGACCCCCCGCCGCCGCCGCCUCGGCUCCUGCAGCCCAAGGAACUAGAAGCCAUUCGUGUCAAGGUACAAUCCGGAGAAAGGCCAAUGCCACCUCUUGCAGCAGUCCGGCCCAAAACGGUAACUUUGAGUCAGCCAUUCAACGGGAAUACAGAUUUGUUAGGAUUAAGUGUCGUUAAUCCUUCGAUUAUUCGGAUACAGCCUCUCAUGAGAACUGAACAACAAGAUUUGGCAAAUACUUCACCUCCACCUCCUCUUCAGCUUCUUGUGCAGAGACCACUGCCCCCUCUUGGACCAGUGUCUGUGGAGAAGUUUAUGACACAUAAAAUGCUGAAUGGACAAAGGGCUACAUUUGUUCCUUUGUCUACCUCUAACACUUCAACGAUUACAUCAUCAGCAGUUAUGUCCAAUUCAGCAGAUUUACUUAUGUCCACCCCUGGGGGUGAAUGCACUGAGAAAUUCAAAAAAUCUUUAAAAGUGAAAACCCGAUCAGGGCGAAUUUCACGGCCACCAAAAUAUAAAGCUAAAGAUUACAGGUUCAUCAAAACUGAGGAUUUAGCCGAUGGGCACCAGUCAGAUUCUGAUGACUACUCAGAACUUAAUGUGGAAGAAGAAGAUGACAAGAAGGGGAAAGAUACAUUAUUUAAUUCUUCAAGUGGUUACCUGAAGCCUAAAACUUUUAAAUGUCAGACUUGUGAAAAGUCAUAUAUAGGACAAGGAGGACUAGCACGACAUUAUAAGCUUAAUCCAGGUCAUGGGCAACUGGAACCUAAAAUAAUGAUAUCUGAUAAGACAUAUGGAAAUGGAGAAGCAGGGGAUAGCACUGUGAAUAUAAAGGCUCCUGAGCCAUCCAUCCCAACUGCUUUAAAUAGUGAAAGUACACUAGCUCCAUCCAUGGCAGGGCCAGAUUCAGCAUGGAAUGGGCAACAGAGCUGUGAUUCUGAAGAAGCUGGGACAUUAUUGAAGUCAGAAGAAAAAAAUGGAAUUUGCUUGGCAUGUUGGGGAUCCAGGAGGACCAGAGGAUCGAAAAGAAGUAGACGGUUAAGGGCGUCUGUAAAGUCAAGUUGUUCAAACAAACCCAGCAAAUCAGUUCAACUUACGUCAUGCACAGGUGUAGCAGCAGAACAAAAUGUAGUGAGGAAUAAAGCAAGGCUCAAAGAGUUGCUCCAGCAGUGUGACCAGGAAGAUUUAAUGGAACUGGCUCUGCCACGUCUAAGCAAGCUUGUAACUGUCUAUGAAUUUCUUCUCAUGAAGGUUGAAAAGAAUCACCCAACAAAGCCUUUUUUCCCAGAUGUAUAUAAGGAAUUUGAAGAGUUGCAUAAGAUGGUUAAAAAAAUGUGUCAAGAUUACUUCAGUAACUCUGUUCCAAGUUCUGAGCAAGCCCUGGAAAUAAAAAAUAAUGAGGUUGCUGAGUCACUGGGAAUUACAGAAGAGCUUCUACAGAAGAAAGAACUAGAAAAGAAUGGCAUUUUGCCUCAGUAUAUGCUCGGUGCAGUUGAAGGGGGGCUAGGUGAAAUUACUGGACAGAAAAGAGAAAAUGAGAUACUUGAAGAAAUGCUGGUGCCAAUCAAAAGAACCAGGAUAGAAAGUGGAUCCAAGAACAUGAAUGAUCAUUAUGCUAGUCACAGUGGACUCCAGGAGAAAACCACACCUUUGUGCAACCAAGUUAACACUGAAGGUUUCAACCUCCAGCUUAACAGGACUACCUCUCAGUCUUCAGAAGAAACGUAUAAUGUGGCAGUCGCUGAUGUUGGGAGUCAGAUGUUAAAUGUUGGCCAGCCGCCCAAAGCACUUGCUGAUGUAGAAGGCAAGAAUGAUCCGCCUAAAGCACUUGCUGAUGCAGAAAGCAAGAAUAAACCUGCAGAUUCUGUCAUCCUGUAUGAGGCUGUUAAAGGAAUGCACACUUGUUCCCAGUUAGAAAAUUCAGGUAGCCUGUUUGAAGAACAAGCAGAGUUGCUCCCUGAAUGUGUUCAUAAUCACCCCCCUGACCAGAAUGCUUCUGAGGAAUCUGCCAUUUCUGAUUUCUGUUGCACCAUGUUAUCUGAUAAAGAUUCCCCAUGGCAUGAGAUUCGAAACAGAAGAGAGAAUGAGGCUUGUAAAUCUCAUCAGGAAUUUUUUAAUCCAGGUAAUGAGAUUCAUGAGAUAACACCACAGCCUGAAAAGAUUUCAUCAGUAGACAUGCCCACGGACAGUUCACACCCGACUUUGGAAUCACAGCAUCACCCUUUACCAGAAGCAUCUAUGUCCACUGAGGACAUUCUUGAAAAUCCUGCUGAUAAUUUGGACCAGUUCCCUGAGUCAUUACAGAACGUCCAAAGGCAACAGGAGAGUGCAGUUGCUGUAGGUGAAACUCUGGCCUUCGAAAUUACUGGUGAAAGCCAGGCAUUGUCUCAGGGACAUGAACAAAUUUUUAUUCAAACUUCAGAUGGGCUUAUCCUGUCCCAUCCAGGAACAGUUGUAUCUGAGGCUAAUGACAUUGUUAUAGUAACAGAGGUUGAUGGUACUGCAGUGCACAUCAGUACACCUGAUGGACUUCCUUUAGAAACACUGGAAGCAUUACUGGCGGUAGAAAGAGAGAACCAGAGUGACAACAUUAUGAACUCAUAAUUAAAUAGUACCAGAACCAUAGUUUUUAUGUUUAUAUGUAAUUGUCUGGAGAUGGUCUAUUUCAACAAAUGUAUAUUUUUCUAAAGUGAACAGGUGGACCUUUUAACUUAUUUAUAAAGAAUUAUCUUGUUUCUACAAUGAAAUGUACUUUUUUAUGUAUUUUGUCUGAACUGAAAAUAGCUAAAUAUAAGCAAAUCCAUGCUGGGUUUUGAUUUAAAACCUCAUUGUUAAAACAUCUUUUAAAACUUCAAGAGCUUUUGGUGAAUGUUGUGAAACCUGCAUUAUCAUCACUUGUUUUAUGAAACGAUUUAUAACUCUUGCAUUCUUCCACCCCCUACAAUGUAGUUUGCUUCACUGCAUUUUGACAGUGAUGUCUAUAUUGGAAACUUUUUGAAGGAUACAUUUUUAAAAAAUUGAUUGUAAGGUGUUUUCCUUGGGAAAUAAGCAGAAUAUUACCAUUACUAUCCCAGUUUUAGAGAUGAGAUUGAAGAACUGGGGUUUGAGCGAUUUCUUUGGGGUCUGUUUCAAGAAAGAAUUAGUGUCAUAUCAGUCAAGUCUCACUGGGCUUCAGUUUCCUCUGGAAAAGUGAAGAGGCCCUUUACUUUGAUUGAAGACCCUUCAGAUUCUAAGAUGUCUAUUUCAUUCAGUUUUUACAGAUUUUUUAAAGCAGAAUUUGCCCUAGUCUGUGGUAAUAUUCUACAAUGAAAACUUUGAUGUUUUUUAUACAAAAUAGUCCAUGUGGGAGAUAAAAAAAAAAAGAAAUUUUUGACUUGGUCCCUUGUUUUCCACCAAGGGUCACAAGACUUAAAUGAGACAGUCACAAUUAUCAAAAACAGCAUAUAACCAAGUGCCAAAAUAUGUAAUACUGACUAUCAUAGUGUUUCUCUUUUAAAAUAUAAUUUUGGAUUAUCUCAUUUGAUUCUCACCAUAAUCUUUUCUCAGGGAACUGAGGCAGAUGCUACAUAGUUACCAGAAUCAGAACUAGUUCUCAAAUUUCUUGGUGCUUUUCCUUUUAAAAACAAUUUUUUAUCAAAUUUUCUUUACACUGUGAUUUCCCAGUAUUUAUGUACUACCCUCCUAUAGAUCUCUCCCUGUAGCAAAGUAUAAAUAUAAGUGAUGAAAAUGGCAAAUUGAUGUAAGUCUAACAGCCUGUCUCAUCUCACACCUGUAAUGUUUCAUUUAGCAGUCUUCAGGAUUUAAGACUGGUCAUUACAUUUAUCUGAGUCCUCAUAUCUUUUAGUGUUAUCUUCCCUUACAGCAUUAUGGUCAUUGUGUAGAUUUUUACUUGGAUUUUUCCCUUCUCUAUUCUUCAUUGGUCAGUAUAAGCCCUCCCAAGUUAACAUGAAGUCUUAUAUUUAUAAUUUUUUAAUGGCACAAUAAUAUCUCAUUGUAUUCAUAUGCCAUAGUUUGUUUAGCCAUCUCCUAGUUUAUGGCAAUAAAUUCUAUUUUCCACUUUCCUUCCCUUUUUUUGAUGCCACUAAAAGUGUUGUUAGGAGUAAUUUGGUAUAUACGAGACUUUUAUCUCUGUCUUUGACAUCUUUAGUGGACACACUCAGUCUGGAGCUUUUUUCUUUCUUUUUUCCUUUUAAAGUGUUAUAUUGAAGACUUAAUUUACAUCACUAUCACUUCACUCUCUACCCUCAGGAGUGUAAGCUCCCAGUGAAUAGAGAUUGGUUUUCUUUGCAAUUGUAUCUCUAAUGCCUAGCUUGGUACUGAGCACAUUAGGUACUUACUUAAUACUUGUUGACUCAAAACAAAUGAGUAUAGAGUCAAGCAACGCUGACCAUGGGUGAAUACCAGUGUAUCAUUUCUUACCACUUCUGGUGACAGAGGGAGGGGAAGCAUGCUUCACUGUUACUCUUUUGAAUCUAUAAAUGGUGACUACAUUGAUCAAAAUUCUUGGAUUCAAGUCCUGCCUCUGAUAGAAGCUGUGUGACCCCCAGAAAAUCACUUAACUUCUCCGUGCUUUACAUCAGAGUUGUUAAUCCUGCAGCCCUCUGAACUCUUGAGUGCUUCUCUGAAGCAGAUUAAAAUGUAAUUGGGAAACAUUUAAAUAAAACUGUAAUUAAACAGAACUAAUCAUGCAUCUUGGAAGGAUGUUCCUGUAUAGAAUAGAGGCCCUCAUUUCCACACGACUUUGACACCGCUGUAGAGAAGCUGCCCGCCUGCUUUGGCAGAAGUUCUGCACCAAGAGUUCCAUGCCAAUAAAAACAUAGCUCCCGUUCUUAAAAACAAAAUUUGGAUUCUUGAGGGCGCUUGGAUGUAGACCUAAGAACAUACGUUGUAUUCACAUGCUGUAGUUCGUUCGUCCAAAGUGAUGGUCUCUAAGUUAGGAAGUGUACGGUCUACCACCAUGGUGUAUUAUUAUACUGCAGUAAAAUACCAUUGCAGUGAUGUUAAUGUCAACAUGACCAUCAAGUCAGAAGAACUGAGUUCUAAUCCUGGUUCUGCUGCUAACUCACUAGGACUUUGGGCAGGUGCCAUGGUCAGGACUAUACUUUAUUUAAGACAGGGGUUCUUAAAUUUUUCUGUGUCACUGACAGUCUGAUGAGGUCUAUGGACAAUGUUUUUAAAUAAUUGAAGGAAAUGCUAGAUUUCAC